AUGGCGAUAGACACAUAUAAAAAAUCCAAAAAGCUAUCCUUAGGAAUGCAUUAUAAUAAAGACAAUUUUAGUAGAAGGCGGGGGAACUCAUAUGGAUAUAAUAGGUACCGAAGUUAUAAUUAUUACAAAUUACCAAACUAUCAAAAAUCACAAAAUUGCGAAAUGAAAAAUGAGACAAACGAUAGAGAUACGAAUGAAUCUAAAAAAGUAAACAGCGCCAUUGAUACUAGCUUGCAAUGCAAUACAUCUAACAAUAGCAAUUCUAUGAAAAAAAACAAAAUUGGAAAGAGCGAAGGAAACAAAAAUGAAGAAAAUGGCGAAGAAACAAAAGACGGAAAUAAAAAAAUAAAUGUCAUAAAAAUACUAAAAAGACCCGCAGAUAAUGUGCAUGAUGAUAUUGAGUCAAAAUCAUUAAAAUUAGUAGUAAAAAAUAACUUGAAUAAUAAAACUGGUGAAGUAGAAGAGACUGAGAAGAAAAAUGACAAUGAUAAUGACAGCAACAACGAAGGAAUUGGCGACAGAAUUGGCGAAAGAAUUGGCGAAAGAAUUGGCGAAAGAAUUGGCGAAAGAAUUGGCGAAAGAAUUGGCGAAAGAAUUGGCGAAAGAAUUGGCGAAAGAAUUGACGAAAGAAUUGACGAAAAGAAAAAGGAAAAAAAAUGUAAAAAAAAUUUAGCUAGCAAAAAUUUAUCGAAAAUAAAAGACAAAGAUAUUUUUAAUUUUACUUCAACUCAAGAAUUAUUUAAUUUACUUCUGCAAAACGUUAAGGAGAAUGAUGAUGAUAAUAAAAAUAAUACGCAACAAAUUGCAUCACCGAGUGACGAAAACAAUUUUGCAAAACAAAAGAAUGUUGAAAUAGUGGAUAAAGAAAAGGAAUCGGCUACGAAAAAAAGUAAAAAAAAUAAACCACACAAUAUAAAAAUAGCAAAUACAAAUAUUACAGAAACAAAAAAUGGUAAAGAUCAAUUGGAUGCUAAAAAGAAAAGCGAUUUAAACGGACAAGUCCAAAUAAAUAAUAAUUCUAUCUUAGGAGGUCAAACUGAUGGAAAUGGUGUUAUGGAAAAAAAGGUCACUUUCCAAUUGAUAGACGAUUUACCCAUUGAAGCAGAGAAAGAUAUAGAUGUUGGAAUGAUGGGAAAUGUUUAUUCGAAAAUAUCAUCUGCUAAAUAUCCAUAUGUUAUGAAUUCACAUUUAUUAAAUAAUAUACCAAAAGAAGAAUUAUGUAAAACAUUAAGCUUAAAACAUGAAUCAUUUAAAGAGUUAAAAAAAGAAGAUGACGAAUCUUUAUUUGUUAUACCAUUAUAUAUGCGAUCACCAAAACCAGAACAAAUACCAAUACCCUCUUUAUUUUCAGCCAAUAAUAGCAAUUUGGCAACCGAUAUAUACAAUGGGAAUGAAGAAUUUCCAUCGAAUUGUGUAAGUAGCUUAGAUAAGAUAAAUGAAUAUUUGAUUGGAAGUAAUUCAAUAGAGUUUCCAAUGAACGAUCAAGAAAAUUCCGAGGAAUAUUAUUCAGCACCAACACUAAUUGGAUUUAAUAAUUCAAUUUUCUCAAAAACAUCUACCGAAAAAUGUAACAGCAAAGUAGUAAAUGUGGCAAAAAAUAAUAGCAAUAAUAAUAGCAAUAAUAAUAGCAAUAGUAAUAGUAAUAGCAAUAGCAAUAGCAAUAGCAAUAGCAAUAGCAAUAGCAAUAGCAAUAGCAAUAGCAAUAGCAAUAGCAAUAGCAAUAGCAAUAAUAUCAAAUCCGAAGUAUCAAAUUCAAACAAAUUAAAAACCAAAAAGUAUGGAAAGAAUUCAAAAAGUUCUAUAACGAAUGAAAAUGCAAGUACCUUGGUAGGAGUAGCAAAUAAUGAAAACGGUUUAAAUGCUUCUAAAAAAAAUAAAACAUAUCUUAACAAAAAAUAUAAUAUAUCUUCAAGUUUAGACCCAAAUAAAUUAAGAUUAAAAUAUGAUACAUUAAAUAUAGGUAAUGUCAAACCAAGAAAAUUACAUAAUAAUGAAUAUUAUGCUUAUAUAAAAACCACAAAUUAUAUGAAUGGCAGCCAUGCAUAUAAUAAAACUAGCAAAAACUUUAAAUUUGAUAAAUAUUUCAACAACAGAAAAUAUAAUUUUAAAUCUACUUAUGUUAACGAUUCAACAGCUGCUCAAAGAAAUAAAAAUUUAAAUUCCUUUAAAAAUGUCAAAAUUGAAGCCUAUUAA